AUGGAGAAACUGCAUCACAAGGUCAAGGCUGCGAUGCGGACCGAGGUCUUGACCAUUAUGACCUUCGAGACAAUGGAGAAGCGUCUGCCGGUCUCCUGCUUCCGGAGCUCCACCUGCUACUCUCGCGUGACUGAGGAGGUUCAGCUGAAGAAGCUGAACGAUCGUCUGGCCACCUAUAUUGACCGUGUGCGUAACUUGGGGACAGAGAAUUCCCGCCUCAACAUAGAGGUGCAGACCACCAGGGAAACGGUCACCCGCGAGACGACCAAUCUCAAGAACAUGUCCGAGGCUGAGCUGCUGGAGACGCGUCGUCUUCUGGAUAAUAUGACCAGGGGUCUUGCCCGUGACGAGAUCGAUAUCAAGCGUCUGUGGGAGGAAAACCGUCUGAAAAAGGAAACCAAGGAGUGCAGCACUUCUGAGGAAAAUGCCCGCAUGUCCGAGUCGCGUUUCAAUGAGCUGAGCAAAUUCAACCUGGCCAAUGCCGAUCGGAAGAAAAUUACUGAUGAACUGAUCGUUAUGACGAAGGAGUUGGAUCAUCAAGAGAAGGAACUAGAUAACACUUGUGACCGUCACGGCCAAGAGGUGGCUGAGAACGAGAAGGAGCUUAUUCGACUGCGCGAAGCGAUGACCCAUUAA